GCCAUCUGGAGGCUGAUCAGACUCCACACUGAGUUAACUAGUUAGUGUAGAUGGGGCUUGGGAAUGAAAUACUCUGUGUGGAAGAGAGACAAGACAAACCUAAAUGGAAUGCUCAACAGAUGAGAAGGUCAAUGAUUUUUAUGCAUUUCUCCAGUGUGGUUGCCUAAUAUGGCAGCUUUCUUUUUCAACAGGAAUUUGGAAUUUCCGUCAGUUCGCUUCUCAGAAGUCAUCUGACCUCUCUGGAGGAUAAAAAAAAUAAUCCAAACUUCACCCUGCCAAAAUGGGGAUGGUGCAAUUAGAUUACACUGCUUUCACUUUUGAUAUUGUUAUCCAAUGCAGCAGACUGAAGGAUGCCACUGUCAAACAGCAGAGGGGAGCAGAGUUCUUCAGUUCAGCACAAACCUAUCAACUGCCUCCCACAGCAUAUGUUGUUUGGAAAAGAGAGAAAUAGAAGAGGCAGGUGAGAAACAGCUGAAGAAAGAAGGAGUAAAAGGUAAAGCUCUGUCAAACAUGAAAUUGAUAUUUCUGGAUACUAGGAUAUGGGUUAAAUGUUGCCUGUUAUGAAAUCCAGCCUUCUUUUACACUGUUUCCCCUAAAAUAGUGUGCUUUUUGAGACUGGAGAUAUUUGUCACUCUUGUGUCGAGGUCUGUGGAAGUUAACUCCAUGACAAGGUGGUCUUCUUGGCCCCAUAUCUUACUCAGUGCCUGACCUUGUGCUUAAAUGUUCCUUGCUGAUUUGUGGACACAUAUGCUUCGUGGUAAAGAAUGUUGUUUUGGAACGAAUUUUCUUUCUUGAGUCUGUUGUCGACCGCGUUUUUAGGGGAUCGGGCCCCUUAAGGAGAGAGCCGAUCCGGUCCUGAGAGAACGGACCUUGGCGGAGCCAAUAGGAGAAUAUGAGCCGCAAUACAACCUGGAGCCGAAAUGAAGAAGGUCCGCCAAAGUUGAAGGAAAAUCCGCCAAGGAGUCUUUAUUGAGCGAUUCAGCUGAAAAGGACACUAGUAGCGAUCAUUCAGUCUACUAGCGUAUCAUAUAUUCAAAAUAAAGCCAUAUUUAUACAAUGUUUUGGUCUGACAGCCCCUUGAAUUUCCCGCCCCGCUCCCCCGCCCAUCUGAUCGCGGAUAGGCUAGAAGGUUGAACGAGGCGGGCUUUCGUUUCCCGCCUUGCUCUGCUGGCCCAAUGGGGAGCUGCUUUUUGUCCCCACUCGGGCCAAUCAGAGAGGAGAAGGCGGGAGUUAUUGAAACAAUGAAGUGACUGGGCAGGAAGGAUCGGAUUAGUUCCUGCCCGGCCGAUUUCUAAAGGGAUUAAUGACAGCCAUCAGGGGUUCCUGUCAUGUACACUGAUUUCAGAUAUGCCUUGGGGUGUCAGGGGGGGAAGUAAGGAUGGGUGGCAAUGGCUCAGCAGGGCGCCUUCCUGAGACGUCCUGGUUUUCCCUUUAGAGGAGAUAUGACAAUGUUUGCCUUGAGGGCGAAUCACCUUUUAUUCGGCGACCCAAGCCCUAUAUUGUCCAUGCAAUCUGAUUCUGAUUAGGUUAUGCGGCAGCGGAUUAACCUUUUGUUUUGGGGAAGGUAAACCCGUGUCAUAGGAGCUGGGGUUCAUGUUGGGGUCAAAAUAUUUCCCAUUUGAUUUCAUGAUUUGACAAUUAUAUGAAAUAAAAUGAAAAAUAAAAUAAAGUUGGAACAUAAACCCAGCUGGGAAAAACACAUAUUUUCCGGGGAUCCCAAAGAGUACAAAUACAUAUAGGCAGACAGAUAGAUUUCAAGGAAGUAAGGGAGAAUCCAUAGAGGUGGGUUACAUUGCAUAAAGGGGAAUCAUGAAUGAUAUAAACAAUUUGAAAACAUUGGAUAAGCACGAAGUUCACAACAUCUGGGGAACCCAAUAUGGAAAUUCAUAAAAGUGGAGUUUUAGCAGCAUGAUUUCACAAUUCAUGAAGUUAGCCCAACGAUUAGAAACUCAUACAACAGUGAUUCAUGAGGAUGUCCAGGUACAUAGAAUAUGAAAAUUCACGGAUACAUGGGGAAAGGAGUCCAUCUGUGGUGGAAGGAAUUCAUAGAGAUGACAUGGGGAAGGGGCACAUGUGGGUUGCAGUCUUUGGAAGUAUAAGAUUUCAUAAGUCCAGGGAUAGGUCUGGGGAAGAGUGUUCUUCUCCUUCAUAAAAUUAUGAAGGUAUGAAUGAAACGUGGAGGGCACCCGUCCAGGCACCCUCCUGGCAGCUGUAGAGAGGGUGAGAGUCCUUGGAGAACUAUGUCUCCCAGCGGGAGAGCGAUCCCCCCAUCCCCAGUUCACAGGAAGGGGCCAGGGAUCUCCUAAACCAUCCCGCGGGUCGCGGGGAGAGGAAAGUCCGGGCUUAGGCUACAAGAGAGCAGUCUGGCUUGAAAAGAGCAAUCGGUUCCGUUUGACAGUCAGCUGAUGAGGUGCCGAGAACUGGACCGAUUUUGGUUCCGCUGGUGGUCCUUGAGUCAGGAGCCUUAGAAAGGGUUAGGACUAAAAGAAGAGCGUGCUAGGGGUAAUUUUGAUAAAGAUAUGAGCCAAUUUGUAUCGUCCGCUGUAUUAACCUAUGGCGGGGAAGCCUCCGCCGGGGUUUAAAGAUCAGACGGGUUAGUGAGAGAGAGAGAGAGAAAUUGCAUGCAAAGGAAGGAGUCAGAGAAAGACACAAAAUAACCAGAUAGAGAGUGUUACUGCUAAAAUAAGUGCUACUUUUAUUGGGGGAUUUGUUACAUAGUUCAGGGAAGGGGAAAGUGAAGAAAAAAAGAUCUUUUAAUAAUAGUCUGCUGCGGUCCCGCUCCGUUCCUUUUGGUGAUGGAUCUGCGGAACUCUCCGCUGCGGGUUCAAAUUAAUUUGAAAGCCGGGGUCUCGGUCAUCAAGUCCGAGAUUGCUUACUACCUUAGUUCUCUGUGAACGGGGAUUUAAUUCCAUUUUCCUGUCUACCAAGCAGAGUUAUUUCAGAGGAAGAGGGGGAAAAGAACAAAUGACUCCGUAUUGACUUAUGUCUGUUGAAAUCUGAAAUUCUACCAUGCUGGCUUUGAGAAAGAAGUUGAUUGAGAUGGAGAUUUUACAGAUGUGGAGCUUCAUCAUUUGGUCCUUCCUGGCUUAUACUGAGGCAUUCUCCAUGUAUGGAUAGAUCCUCUCUCCAAACUAUCCUCAGGCUUAUCCCAACAAUGCUUUAGAGUCCUGGGAAAUACGUGUUCCUCCAGGUUAUGGUAUUCGCCUUUACUUCACCCACUUGGAUAUAGAGCCAUCUCAAAACUGCGAGCAUGAUUUUGUGAAGGUCAUGUCUGGUAGCCGUGUUGAGGGCCAGCUUUGUGGUCAAAAGACAAAACAGUAUCCUGGCUCUCAUAUCCUGGAGGAAUUUAAUGUCUCCUAUAAUAACUUGACUGUCACCUUUCAGUCAGACCUUUCCAAUGAAGGAAGUUUCACUGGGUUUGUUGCUUAUUACAUUGCAGUGGCUGUCGAUUGUGGCAUUCCUGAUCAACUUAAAAAUGGAGCUGUCAUUUACCUGGCAGAAUCUGAGGAGACUCAUUACCCAGCCACUAUCCGCUAUGUAUGCAAUGAGCCCUACUAUACACUAAAUAGCAUAGGAUGUGGAAUCUAUCGGUGUGCAGCCAGUGGGAAAUGGGUAGACGAAGAAGAGAAAACGGAGCUUCCAGUUUGCGUCCCAGUCUAUGGAGUUCCCCAUACACCCGUUGAAGAAACAGGACGGAUUUUUGGAGGUGUAUUUGCUAAAUCAGGAAACUUCCCUUGGCAGAUUUAUUUUUACAAUCCGCGAGGUGGAGGAGCUCUAAUUUCAGACCACUGGAUAGUUACAGCAGCCCAAGUGCUGGAUGAAAACCCAAACCCAACUGUCUAUGCUGGCCUGCUCUUUGUUGGUCCCAAUGCAUUGAGGGAAGCUAGUCCAAUAGAGGUGGAUAAUGUGUUCAUUCAUCCCAACUGGACAACUGCAACCGAACACCGGACUAACUUUGAUAAUGACAUUGCUCUGCUGAGACUGAAGAAACCUAUGACACUGGGUCCCACCAUUUCCCCAGUCUGCCUUCCUGGCACAUCUUCUGACUAUGAUCCUCAGACUGGGACCCUAGGGUUUGUAGCUGGUUGGGGCAGGACAGAAAUCAAAAGAACAUCCAUGAAACUGAAGGCUGUAAAGAUCCCAGUGAAAGAGAUGGAUGUCUGCAGAAGAGUGAAACCGGACCCCCCUGCAGAUAUGUUGACCUACAUCUUCACAGAUAAUAUGAUUUGUGCUGGGGAUGGCCGGCAGGACAGCUGUCAAGGGGACAGUGGUGGGGCAUAUGUUAUCCAAGAUCCCCAUAAUGAGACACGCUACUAUGUUGCCGGCCUAGUUUCUUGGGGCUUAAAAUGUGGCACUUAUGGUCUGUACACGAAAGUGGCAAACUAUGUGGAUUGGAUUGUAGAGAUCAUGAACCAAUACAAAGACUAGUUGCAUCCACAUCCAAGAUUUAGGUAUUCUCUUAGACACCCACUGACUGUUUUGAUUUGUUCAUUCUUAAGGAUUAGUGCUUUACCUUGCCUCUUUUUCUGAAAAGCGGAAUAACAAGAGCUUUGAGUGCUUGAUUGUGACUGGUUGGUGUUCCCAAUGGCUGGCAAAGCUGUUUUUCAUCAGCAUUGCUGUCGCAAACAUUAUCUAGAUGGGAACACUCAAAAUGCAUUCCCUUCUAUUUCAGUGAGUUGUGAGAUUUUUUCUUCUUCUGAAAUGAGGUAUGGGAUUUAUAUGAGUGCUCUUUGAAGUACCAGAGAAGCCUUGCAAUCCUUGCUUACUGUCUCUGAAGUGCAACAGGAAAAAAAUUGUAUGCUUUGUAUUUAUCCUUGAAAUAUCCUUUGUCACUGUCAGAAAAAUCUGUCUGGAUAUA